ACGCUGACUCUGUCUUGUUAUAUUGAGGCUGUUUGUCUCCCGUCGCAGUUCGAGGGCUGCACCAAGGCCUUCUCCCGCCUGGAGAACCUGAAGAUCCACCUGAGGAGCCACACGGGCGAGAAGCCGUACAUCUGCCAGCACCCGGGCUGCCUCAAGGCCUUCAGCAACUCCAGCGACCGGGCCAAGCACCAGCGCACGCACCUGGACACGAAACCGUACGCCUGUCAGAUCCCGGGCUGCACCAAGCGAUACACGGACCCCAGCUCCUUACGGAAACAUGUCAAGGCUCAUUCAGCCAAAGGCCUUCAGGAGCGGGAGGUCAAGGUACCGGGAGGAGAGCUGUUUAUUUACACUGGCCGUUCAGUGGAAUGACUUCUGUGGUCAGCAGUUACAGAAACACAGCACUGAUAAUUAAACCUCAAUGGGACUAAUGUGGAGGAGCAGACAGUUGCAAUGAAGGAAUAUCACAAAUAAAACUAUUCGUUUUUAAGGCUUGAUUGGAAUUAAAUCUAUUACUAAGUUAAGUAUUAAGUAUAUGAGACAAAUUCUCAUGAAUGAGAAAAUAUGAGCACCUUCAUUGCUGUACAUUUGAAUAGGCUCCA